CUUAAAAUAUUUUUUAUAACUAUGAGAACAUAAAAGGGUAAGUCUAAAUUAUAAUAUAAUAUUAAUAUAACAAUAAAUAAAUACAUUUUUCCCGAUGUCCAUCUAUUAGGUUGAAAUAAUCCAACGCUGGGUUAAAACGACCCAGCAUUUACUGUAGUCCCAUUGACCUUCAUUGUAUGGGCAAAACGCAUCUUAAUAUCAAUACUGUCUUGCGUGUUUCACAGAAGAAACGAGAAUACGCCGAAUGUGCACGUUGUGUGUGAUUUCUGCAUUUAACACUGCUGUAGGGACUGAAUAUCCGUGCAUUGACUCACAUUCAAAUUUCAGUCUGUUUUCCAGUUCAGUUUGGCUGCUGUAAAAACCGCCUGUGAAUGCACAGUGUGUGUGUGUGUGUGUGCGCGCGCGUGUGUGUGUGUGUAAUCUGUGAUAAACGCGCUCAUCACCAUCAUCAGUCUUGUGAAGGCUGAGAGUCUGAACUUCUCUGGAUCUCUAACGCAGAGCCGCUCCAGCUCCAGUGGGGGAAAGCAGACACUCAAACCCGGAGCAGGAGUCGAGCAAGCCGGCGAGGAUUCUGCGCUUCUCCGCGGGAUAUUCGCGUGUCUGCUGGAGGUCCGCAGAUCUGUCCGCAUCCGACGGGCUUCUCUUACUCUUCAUCCUCCUCCUCAUCAUCAGCAUCGUCUCCUGGAUUGAAGGUUUUUUUUUUUCCUGCUGUGGUGAAGGUAAGCAGCAGCUGCGCCUGAUAUCUGCGUUUGCUUUGCAUGUGCAUCAUGUGCGUCUUUCCCGUCCGAUUUUCAUUGAUCAUGAAUAUGCAGAUAUAUAGGAGGUUUAACGACCCCGUGAGUCACUGACGAAAGAAAAAAAAAUCAGCGCUAUAGUCGAAAAUACGCCCACGUUUUCGUUUUGCAGCUCAUAAAGAAGUGCUUUAUUCGGGCUGUUAGUCGCAGGACAGCAGAGCACGCAGGCAGCAAGAUCCUCCCUAAUCCUCUGGAAUUAACACAUUUCUGGAUUAAAAAUAAUGGAUAACACCAUCAACAGCACUCGAUCUGCAGCAAACAUCCGACAGCCAGCCGCAGAAAUGAUGACCUUCUCUCAAACAUCUCUGGAUUAACAUUUAACAUCUGGAUUACAGCACACAAGCAUUAUCACCAUGAUCCAGCACAUCCUCAGUGUGUUCUGUGGAUUUACGCUGGCUCUGGCUCAGCAGACGCAGUUCAUUACUGUGACCACUAAUUACGGGAAGCUCCGCGGGCUCCGUGUGGCUCUUCCCAGUGAGAUUUUGGGCCCCGUGGAGCAGUUUUUGGGCGUCCCGUAUGCUAUGGCCCCUACAGGAGAGCGUCGUUUUCAGGCCCCGGAGCCGCCGCUGUCCUGGCCGGGGAUCAGGAACGCCACACAGUUCGCUCCAGUGUGUCCGCAGUUUCUGGAGGACCGGCUGCUGCUCACUGAUAUGCUGCCCGUCUGGUUUACUGCCAAUCUGGACACCGUGGCCACAUACGUGCACGAUCAGAGCGAAGAUUGUCUGUAUCUCAACAUAUACGUGCCCACGGAGGAAGAAACUCAAGACGAUGCAGGCUUGAAGCCGGUGAUGGUUUACAUUCACGGCGGCUCAUAUGUGGAGGGAACGGGGAACAUGAUCGACGGCAGUGUCCUCGCCAGCUAUGGAAACGUCAUCGUGGUCACCGUGAACUACAGACUCGGAGUGCUGGGCUUCCUCAGCACUGGAGAUCAGGCUGCUAAAGGAAAUUAUGGUCUUCUGGAUCAGAUCCAAGCUUUGCGCUGGGUGAAGGAGAACAUUCAGUCCUUCAGUGGAGAUCCGGAGCGGGUCACCAUAUUCGGCUCGGGCGCCGGAGCCUCGUGUGUCAGCCUGCUGACGCUCUCACACUACUCUGAAGAUCUGUUCCAGAAGGCGAUCAUCCAGAGCGGCACGGCUCUCUCCAGCUGGGCGGUGAACUACCAGCCGGCCAAAUACACACGUCUGCUGGCCGAAAAAGUGGGAUGCAAUGAAGACGACACGCUGGAGCUGAUCGAAUGCCUCCAGAGCAAAAACUACAAAGAGCUAAUCGAGCAGAACAUCACGCCAGCCAAAUACCACAUCGCUUUCGGACCCGUAAUCGACGGAGACGUAAUUCCCGAUGACCCACAGAUAUUAAUGGAGCAAGGCGAAUUUCUGAACUACGAUAUUAUGUUGGGCGUAAACCAGGGUGAGGGGUAUAAAUUUGUGGAUGGGAUUCUGGACAGCGAGGAUAGAGUGACCAGCAACGACUUUGAAUUCGCCAUUUCGGAGUUUGUCGAUCAUUUAUACGGCUAUCCUGAAGGAAAGGAUACACUUCGAGAAACCAUCAAGUUCAUGUAUACGGAUUGGGCGGAUCGAGAAAACCCCGAGAUGAGGAGGAAAACGCUGGUGGCGCUGUUUACUGAUCACCAGUGGGUGGCGCCAGCUGUGGCCACAGCGGAUUUACACGCACAGUAUGGAUCGCCCACGUACUUCUACGCAUUUUACCACCACUGCCAGAGCGACAUGAAGCCGGCGUGGGCUGAUUCGUCACAUGGAGACGAGCUGCCGUAUGUGUUCGGGAUUCCCAUGAUCGGACCCACAGAUCUGUUCAACUGCAACUUCUCCAAGAACGACAUCAUGCUGAGCGCCGUCGUCAUGACCUACUGGACCAACUUUGCCAAAACUGGAGACCCGAAUCAACCGGUUCCCCAAGACACGAAGUUCAUCCACACCAAACCCAACCGCUUCGAAGAGGUGGCCUGGUCUAAAUACAACCCUAAAGACCAGCUAUACCUGCACAUCGGGCUAAAGCCACGCGUCCGGGAUCACUACCGCGCCACUAAAAUCGCCUUCUGGCUGGAGCUAGUGCCGCACUUACACAACAUCAACGAGCUUUUCCAGUACGUCUCCUCAACAACCAAAAUCCCUCCUCAAGACACGACGCCGUUCUCCUACACCAAACGCUUAUCCAAUAAGCUCUUUCCGUCCACCACCCGCCAUCCGCCCGCUCCACCAGCAAACACCAAGCAAAUGUCAGACCAGCAGAAGACGUCAGAGCACGCUGAUGGUACGGUUAUAAUCGAAGCGCGCGAUUAUUCAACAGAAUUGAGCGUCACAAUCGCCGUUGGUGCAUCUCUGCUGUUUCUAAACAUCCUAGCGUUCGCCGCGCUCUACUAUAAGAAAGAUAAACACCGAUUGGAGUCAAGCCGCAGGUUGAGUCCUCCGAGAAACCAUGCUAACGAUAUCCCCCGCGUGCCCAGCGAAGAAUUGAUGUCUCUUCAGAUGAAGCAGAUGGAUCACGAUCAUGAUUGCGAUUCUCUGCAGGGUCACGAUAUGAUUCGUUUGACAUGCCCGCCGGAUUACGCUUUAACGCUACGCCGUUCGCCUGACGACGUGCCGCUUAUGACGACCAACGCUAUCUCUAUGAUCCCCACUUCGUUUAGUGGCAUGCAGCCGGCGUAUCACACCCCGUUUAACGCCUUCGGGAACAGCACGCCGAGCAGCACGGGGCUCCCGCACGGACACUCCACUACCAGAGUAUAACCCAGACUGAUCAGCAUUAACCCAGACUGCUCACAUGUGCAGCCGCUGUGCUAUUUUGUUACAGACUCUUUUAUGAAUUAAGCGACGUUACACUUAUUAACCUGUAUAAUGUGAUCAGUGAAUGUAAUCAUUUUAAAUGCGAUCAUGGGACGGCGACUGCAAACACGCACACUGCAGAGGAAUAAUGAGGGGUUUAGUCUUGUUUCAAGUCCAAAUAUCGAAAAUAUUUGCCUUAAAAUUAGUUAAAUAAUCUGACAAUUUGGUAAGAAAUGUAAAUGUAUUCCAUGCCAGAAAUAAGUUUAUUUAGCUUACCCCAUCGGCAGAUUAUUUAGCUUGUUUUAAAGGAGAAACUCGCUUAAAUUUCAAUUUAAAUACACAUUACAUUACAUGUUUUGCAUAUUUUACUUUUCUAGGAAAAUAAGUAAAAAAAAAAAUGAAUUUUAAACUUAAAACAUGUUAAAUAAGUUUACAUUGCUUACUCCAUUGGCAGAUUAGUUCAGAUUAUUUCACAUCUUCAUUGGCAGAUUAUUUAGCUUGUGUUAAGGCAAAACUCACUCAAUUUCAGCUUAAUUGAUAGAGGCCUUAUAUAAGAGGUCUUUAAGGAAAAUAAGCUAAAAAAUAAGUUCAAUUUAAAGGAGUUUUCAUUUAAAACAUGCUAAAUAAUCUGCUAUUGGGGUAAGCAAUGUGAACAUUUCAAACCAAACAUAAAUUUACUUGGCCUAAUUGGCAGAUUAUUUAACUUGUGUUAAAGAGAAACUCACUUAAUUUUGACCUUUUAAAGACCUUUAAUGCAGAAAUAAACAUGAUUUGGGGAAAUAAGUAAAGCAAAUAACUGAAAUUCAAGGGAUUUUUUAUUUAAAACAUGUUCAAUAAUCUGCCAUUGGGUUAAGCGGUGUAAACUUAUUUCAAACCUGAAGCAAGAUUAUUCCACUGCCCCCAUUGGCUGAGUAUUUUGCUUGUUUUAAGGCAAAACCCACUUAAUUUUGAUUUUAUUGUUAGAAGACUUAUCACAUUAGUUUAGGAGGUCUUUAAUGUCAAAUUUAGGUGAUUUUUUUACUUAAAAGAUGUUAAAUAAUCCGCUUUUGGGUUAAGCAAUGUGAAUUUUUUUCAAACCUAAAGCAAGAAUAUUCUGCAUCCCCCAUGGGCAGAUUAUUUAGCUUGUGUUAAAGAGAAACUUACUUAAUUUUACUUAAUUAUUAAAGGCC